AUGGCCAUCCAAUGCUCAGUGAUCAUAGGCCUCAACAAGCGCCACAAAGUUACCAAAAACGUUUCCAAGCCAAGAUCCUGCCGCUGCUGUGGGCGCUUGGCCGCACACACCAAGUUUGUGAGAGAUAUGAUCUGGGAGGUGUGUGGAUUUGCUGCUUAUGAGAGGUGGACCAUGGAAUUAUUAAAGGUCUCCAAGGAUGGAGAGCCCUUAAGUUCAUCAAAAAAAAGAGUGGGAACUCACAUCCAGGCCAAGAGGAAGAGAGAGGAGGUCAGCAACAUCCUAACCGCCAUGAGAAAGGCUGCUGCCAAGAAGGACUAA